GAUUCAGUCUGCCAUGUGGGCCCGAUCCAUGUAGAAACCCUGGGCGUUUUUUUAAGCACAGACGACGAUCGGCAACCUCCUAAACCGACAUUAGGUAACGAAAAGAAACAUAGGUGUGCUUUGAUGUCACACGUUACGACAAUGUUGUAUGCAACCCCACUCUAUGCAGUGUCUUUUGCUACUCAUCCGGUUUCUGAGGGAGUAAUCGUGGGGCUGAUUGAGAACCAAGAGGGGACGUGGGUAUUCCUAACGGGCAGAAGCACUUAUUGAUUGAUACUGGACUCAUGUCACCGAGGAUCACAUGCCACGUCCCACAGAUCUCAAAUCAAGUUUUCGUAAUGUGUGCUUCGCCGAGGAACAAAAUAACAUUGCCCAAACUAAAAGGUGGAUUUUUAUAUUAAUCUUGGUGGUCAAUCAGGUCCGCUUAUUUUCGCUGUUUCUUCCUGUUGAAUAAGGCAUUGCUACUCAUCAGAAUUUUUGUUGGUGAUGCAGGAUGCUUAGACGGCUCUUUUGGUCGUUCCUGUGUACCGUGGCGUGGGGUGAACUCCAGCCGGUUUUUGUGACUUCCAGCGGAGGUCCGAGAUGCGAAGAGAUCACCAUCCCGAUGUGUCGUGGUAUCGGCUACAACCUCACGUCCAUGCCGAACGAACUGAACCACGACACGCAAGAAGAAGCGGGUCUGGAGGUCCACCAGUUCUGGCCCUUGGUUGAAAUCAAAUGCUCCUCCGACCUUCGUUUCUUCCUCUGCUCCAUGUACGCUCCGAUCUGUUUCGAAGACUACCUGAGACCCCUGCCAGUGUGCAGGUCCGUCUGCGAGAGGGCCAGGGCGGGCUGCUCGCCCCUGAUGCAGCAGUACGGAUUCCAAUGGCCCGAGAGGAUGUCUUGCGAGAAGCUCCCAGUCCAAGGCGAUCCUGAGAACCUCUGCAUGGAAAUGAACAACAGAACCGAAACCAAACCGACCAAAAAGCCUACACCUCCUCCUAAAUGCAGGGGUCGAAAAUGUCAAGAAAGGGACUGCGCUUGCAAAUGUCGACCACCACUCAUACCCAUCCAAAGAGGAACCGCUUUAUAUAAUCGAUCCGUAUCAAUUUCAGGCAUACCGAACUGCGCCUUUCCUUGCAAAGAAGAAUUUUUCACCCCUGAAGAAAAAGAAUUCGCAAAUAUCUGGAUUACAUUGUGGUCCAGUUUAUGCUGCGUUUCGACUUUAAUGACCUUAACAACAUUUUUGAUCGACACUGAAAGGUUCAAAUAUCCAGAAAGGCCUAUUGUAUUCCUAUCAGCGUGUUACUUUAUGGUCAGUAUAGGAUAUUUGACAAGAGUAUUUCUAGGACAUGAAGAAGUAGCAUGCGACGGACCUAUGAUCAGAUAUCACGCCUCUGGGCCAACUCCUUGCACAUUGGUGUUUCUUCUGGUAUACUUCUUUGGUAUGGCUUCGAGCAUAUGGUGGGUCGUAUUAUCUCUGACUUGGUUUCUAGCUGCAGGACUGAAAUGGGGAAAUGAAGCCAUAGCGAGCUACUCUCAGUAUUUCCAUCUAUGUGCCUGGCUCAUACCAACUGUCAAAUCAGUCGGAGUACUUGUAAUGUCCGGAGUAGACGGAGACCCUGUCUCUGGUAUUUGCUACGUUGGCAAUACCAAUCCUGAAAAUCUACGCAUAUUUGUACUUGCUCCGUUGCUGCUCUAUUUGCUCUUUGGAACAUCCUUCCUACUCGGAGGUUUCGUCUCUUUGUUCAGAAUCAGAAACGUGAUCAAGCAACAAGGAGGAAGAAGUAAAGCAGACAAAUUGGAAAAGUUGAUGAUUAGGAUUGGCAUUUUCUCUGUGCUGUACACUGUGCCGGCGACUAUUGUUAUAGGAUGUCUGGUCUACGAGUCAUCAGUGCACAACGAGUGGAUGACCAAUUUGACAUGCCCUUGCAAGGAAAAACCUAAGAUAAGACCUCUUUAUUCCUUACUCAUGCUGAAGUACUUCAUGGCGCUUGCUGUCGGCAUCACCUCUGGCGUAUGGAUCUGGUCAGGGAAGACCCUAGGGAGCUGGCGCCGCCUCUGGGGCAGGCUUUGCGGUGUACCGGCUCCUGUUGUUGUUGAUACCAAACACAGAAAAAAGUGUCUGCUCACUGGAGGAUCAACACUCCUUUCAGGACCUCAUGUCGCUCCAUACCACCAUCAAAUCCCUUACAAACCAGGUGGCCAUCUCUCUCACGUAUGACAACAGGCUAAGACACCGCUGAGCAACUACGGCCCUGUCUAAUUGUACAUAUGUAAAUACAAAAUAAGUGUACAUUUUUGUAAAUCACCCCAGUGUUCCUCAGUGUAGGUCUAGUCUAGUGUUCGUUGUAUAUAAUUUUAAAGGUUUUUUUGUGUAAAUAUUGUUUCCAGUCCACACAUUUUUUUUCUGACAAGUUUCUUUAAUGAGCUUGGAUGUUGCAGUGUUCUGCAACACUAAAGUAGAGAUCUGUAGUGUGCAACAAAUCAUUUGAACAUUGUACAUAUUAUAACCAAGUUUUUCUACAAGAUAGAAAUAACAGACGCCAAUAUUUGAAUAUUAUAUUAUUUUUUAUUUAAAAUCAAGUUAUGAGAUAUCAAGUAGAGGCAUUGAAUGCCUGUUUUAGUGAUUAUCAAAGUCAUAAAACAAAAUAAUUGAGAAUAAUGAUGUAACUUAAUUUUUUAAAUUGUGUACCAUAUUUGGUUCAUUAAUUAUUAAAAUUGAACAAGGUCAUUGAAAAAUCAUAUGCUGAUUGCGUAUUGUCUAUCAUACACCAUAUAUUAUAAAAACUAUUAAUAAGAACAGGGAGACUGUCACUAGUGACAUUUUAAUUACAGCUUGGCAAAAGUACUUUGUAUAAUAAUUUAUAUUGUUUUUAGAUAGCGAAAUACAAGUUACCAAGACUAUUUAUAAUAUAAUUAUAUUAAUGCAGUGUAUAAUGUAAGACGAUAGUACAAUUUUUUGUUCUUUUUAACAUAAUUCUGUAAUAUGAUAAAAUUUUAUUAGGAAAAAAAUACCGUAAACUUUUUUUUAAAUAAUAUUUUUACUUAUAGAUAAAAUAGUCUUCCUCAUUGAAAUAUUUCUGUUAAAGGCUCAACGAUCAAAAAUAAAAGAACGUGUGUUCCAUUUAAACAAAAGGCACUGCCAAUGUGAGUUUUGUUAUUAUUAUUUAUAUGUAUAGAAAUAAUGCUGCUAGUCAUUUAUAUUUUGUAUACGAAGCUUUGUGAAGAAAGAGUAUCCAUUUUUAUACAGGGUAAAAAUUAAGUUUAAAAAUAAUGAAAACGACAAUUUGUGUAGUUUAUUAAUGUCAUCUUAGUAUCUAUGUAUAUACAACCAAUUUAUUACAAAUAUCCUGAAAUAACUGAUAAUUAAAUGUGUUGUAUUUUUUAUCAUCUUUUUAUUUACAAUUUACCUUAAACCUUACCUUAUUUUUAAAAUAAAGAGCAAAGUUCUAUGUAAUGGGGUAACAAGAACAACCCCCACUAAUGCCCUGAUAGACCCCCCUCAAUCAGGAAGAGUCUAAUGCAAGCUCCAGGCACUUAAGAGUGGAUGACUGUUGAUUCCAAGGCUUCAAAAUUCAGAUUUUAAAAAAAUCAAUUUACAAUUCCUAAUCUGUGAGAAAAGAUCUCAGGUAAUACCCAGCUUUUUCACGGAAUCAACAACUAAAUAAAAUCACACAGAGAAAAAAAAAUUGCCAAUGAUAAAUGUAAACAUCCUUUAUAGGAAAAGUUGGGGCUAAACCCAAAGGCUACGGCUAUAGCAGUUUAAGCUACUGAUAGCCUAUGGAUCAGUGGUAUGGUGCACAUACACUUUACAGCUACUAAGGGCGGUGAGGAUCCUCGGUGAGAAAGACCCGCUGUCCAACAAGUCCUUCUGAAUCUACCACUAUUACAUAUCUUUAAUAAGGGAGAGGCCAGAAACACAAUUCAUAUUUUGAUGGAGGAUCAGGCCACAAUACUUUCUACAUGGAACAAUAAAAC